AUGCCUAUGAAGCCCGCGGGCAUCGCGCUCCUGAAGAGGACGAGGGAUUACGUCGCCGUGGACCAGCCCACACCGCCGGCGAAGAGGAAGAAGGAGGAGCCCAGAACCACCGAGGCCAAGCAGCUUCCCGCGGCCGUGCCACCUCCAGCGCAGAAGGACGAGGCCGGCUCGCGUGCCCUCCCGGCAGGGUUGUCCUCCCGAGGCUCGGAGGCCCAACCUCAGGAGAAGGCAAUCACUGUGGCCAAGCCGGCUCCGGAGGCGCCCGCCCUCAGCUCGCCUGCUGAGGUCCCAAAGGCUCCGGAGUCCCCGGCCCUCUCUGCUGCUACUGCCUCGCCGGUCUUGACGUUGGCGCCGUCUCCUCCCCCGUCCAACAUGCCGUCGGGCCAUGAUUCUUCUGCCGUGCCCGGUGUUCUAGAGGAGGCCUUGGUGGCCUGGAGCCAGGCCGUGGUGGCCUCAGAGGAGGGCCGGCAGGUAGCCGGCCUAGCCACGGCCGACCCCGACGCGGCGGUGAAGGACGCCAAGGCAGCCGAGGAGCGCUGUCACACGACGGAGGCCAAACUGAAGAACCUCCGUGACAAGCAGGCCGCCCAGGCCCGCCAGCUCGAGGUGCAGGAGGAGGAGCUGAAGGCCCGGGAAGCUGCAGUUGCCGAUCGUGACACCAAGCUGGAGCAAGCAGCCCGGGAGCAAGCCACGGAGCGCGGCCGCCUGGAGAAGUUGAAGGAGGAGGUGGAGGCGGAGAAGGCCCAGCUGGAGGCCAGGAAGAAACUCCUUGCCGAGGCUGAGGAGGCAGCCGCUACAAGGCGUGCCACCUUUGACUCCCUCGAGAUGAGGUCCCGCAAGGCACUGUAG